AUGACAGCAGCAAUGCAAACCUCAUCGAAGACUGUUGGGAGUCAGAAAACAAAAUGGAACCAACCCGUCGGCCACGCCGUCUCUUUCACAACACCACCGCCUCGCCCAUCCAGAGUAACACUCCAAGGCCCGAGUGUCACCAUCAAACCCUUACACCCCGACCACGCCAACGACCUCUACACCAUCAUCGAAGGAGAAGACAAAGCACAUCUCUUCACCUAUCUCUUCGAUGAACCUUAUACAUCUGCAGAAAGCUUCCAGGCCGCAGUCACUGUUAAAUCGCAAUCCGAAGAUCCCUUGUUCUUUGCCAUUUCUAUUCCUAACAACAGCAACAGCAACAGCAACAGCAACAGCACCACUUCCACCAACAUCCAGACCGCAAACAACCAACCAUCCGACCUCCUCGUCGUGGGCUGGUUGUCCCUAAUGCGCAUCAGCCCUGCCCAUCGCGUCGUCGAAAUCGGCAACAUCCUAUUCUCCCCGCUCCUGCAGCGCACCAAGGCCGCCACUGAAGCCAUGUAUCUGAUGGCAAAGUACGUGUUUGAAACCCUGGGCUAUCGCCGGUACGAGUGGAAAUGCGACAACAUGAACGCCCCGUCAAAAAGGGCCGCUUUACGGUUCGGAUUCACGUUUGAGGGCGUGUUCAGACAGCAUAUGAUAUAUAAAGGACGUUCGCGUGACACGGCUUGGUUCUCUAUCGUCGAUACAGAUUGGCCUGUUGUCAAACGGGGGUUUGAGGCGUGGUUGGAUGAUGCGAAUUUCGGGGCGGAUGGUCUGCAGAAACAGAGGUUAGAGGUGAUUAGGGAGCAGUUGGACAAUCAGAGGAGUCCUAUUAUUCUGGAGGUAUGA